CAGUUUCUUGGGGCAAUAUCGGAUCUGCAGCGGCUCCCGGGGUCGAGAUGCAACACUUCGGGGGCAACUUCUGGGGGGAGAAAAAUAAUGGUUUUGAUGUACUUUACCACAAUAUGAAACAUGGACAGAUCUCGGUCAAAGAGCUGGCUGAUUUUGUAAGGGAAAGAGCGCUGAUCGAGGAAUCCUACUCCAAGUCCAUGUCCAAGCUGUCUAAGAUGGUGAGCACUAACAGCAUGCUGGGGACCUUUGCUCCGAUGUGGGAGGUGUUUCGGAUUUCGGUUGAUAAGUUAGCGCUGUGCCAUCUGGAGCUGGUGAGGAAACUCCACGAUUUGAUUAAAGAGAUGAACCGAUUCAAUGAGGAGCAGGUCAAAGUGCACAGGAAGACGAAGGAGGAGGUUUCGGGAACGCUGGAAGCAGUCCAGAAUGUCCAAUCUAGUGUCCAGCUCCUGCAGAAGUGCAAGGACAAUUAUCACAGCAAGUGGCUGGAAUGGGACAAGCUGAAAAAGGACAGAGCAUCUCAGAAGGAAGUUGAUAAGGCAGAACUGAAAUCCAAGAAAGCUGCCAAGUCCUACAAGGCCAGCAUUGAGAAAUAUCACUGUGCAAGGUCCGACUACCAGCAGAUGGCGGAGGCUGCCCAGAAGUUCCAGCGAAUUGAAGAGAAUCAUCUGAGACACAUGAAGGCAUUAAUCAAAUCCUACUCCAACUCCAUUGAAGAUACACAUGUGCAACUGGGUCAGGUCCAUGAAGAGUUCAAGCAGAACGCAGAGAAUAUCCGAGUGCAGGAUCUGAUCCAGAAAUAUGUCCUGACCAAAGGCACUGGCAAGGAGAAGCCAGGGCCCGUCGAAUUUGAGGAGUGUAACCCAGAAGUGGUUCUGGAAGACAACAAUUCCAUGAGCAUCAAAGAAACCAAAAGGAAAUCAUUUGUGAUCCCGGGUCUCGGCAAGAGAGAGAAGGACACAGACUCCACGGGCUCUCCAGACGCUGACUCCAUUAAUUCCCCAGAGGUCGAUGAAGGUUACACCAUCAGACCUGAUGUGACCCAGAAUUAUAUCCUUGCCUCUGGACAGAGGACCUGCUGCUCCAGUGAUUCCGACUCUGACGAUGAUGAACCCCGAAGGUUCCACGUGGAAAUCAAACCAGUGACGGUCAAAGACCAGAAUGGUGAUCCUGAGAUUUCUGUGGAGCAACUGAAGGCGUCAAUAGGGAAUAUAGUCCUCUCCUCCAAUCCAAUGAUUCUGACCAAAAGGAAUUCCUCCAUCCACUUUGGGCUUGUAUGUGCCAAGAUUUUUAUUGCAUCCCUUGCCCAUCCACCGAUGUUCAUUUUGCCUCCCACUCUCCGUCUUCCCCACAGAACACAAUAUCCAAUUGCACCACUUCCUGUAGAUGGAAACUCUGAGGGAAUUCAUGUGAGAGAUGAAGAAACAACAGUAUACCAGUUUACUGCUCCAAGCUCCGAGCCCAACAGCCAAACCACCAUCUCGCAGAAUGGCAUCAGCUUUCUUGAUCCACUCUUUGGGGCAUCAGCAGAGCCCAUGUUUGACAAGUCCAGUCUCCCAGUCCAGUGUAACCAAGUUGGUGUAAACCCUCUGUCUCUGAGCCCUCCAUCCGGCUCCAGUAUUCUAGAGAUAGUUGAAGAUUCAGGUCUGGAUUCCCCUUCUCUGCCAACCACUGAGGGCUCUUCACCAUCUCCCGAGUCCAGGCCUUGGACCCCUCAGCCUGUCACACCACCAGUCUCGCUCCCGCUCAGCAGGACCUUCUCCCCAACCAUCGAGGACACUUUCCUUCAUUCCACCUGUGGCCCCAAAUCUAGUGAAAGCACCACCAGCACAGAUCCUCAGAGCUCGGAGAAGAGCUGCAACCCACCUGCAGAUAGAGGAUGGUCACCUGUAGAGCCUCGUGUGACAGCUGAACUCCCGGCUCCGGGCCUCCAUGGUUUGGCUGCUAGCAAUACUGCACCUGCUACAGGCCCGGCGAGUGUUCAAGCUGACGCCUCAGUUGGAAAAGCAGCACUGGUGGCACUGCCUCGCUGCCACUCAAGAAAGAAACUUCUCCCCCUUCAGCUGGACAGCACGGAUGUGUCUAGGUCCGUCAGUCCAAUGGCCACGACACCCCAGAGUCCUUCUGCCGCUGUCUCAAGUUUGGUUGAUGAAGCAGCUACAACACAUACCUCCCGAAGUCGAGCUACCACUCCUGCCUCAAGCAUCUCCCGAGGACCCAGCCCGGUGACACUAGGCUGCCACGAUGCUCUGCCAGUUGCAGCUGCCUUUACAGAAUGUAUUGAUGCCUAUUUCAAGGGUGGAGACUACACAAAUGUUAUCGUAAAGUUGACCGGAGAUGUCACCAUGUCCUUUCCAGCGGGAAUAGUGCGGAUCUUCAGUGGGAACCCAUCCCCUGCUGUCAUCAGCUUCAGGCUUUUGAAUGCCAACCGGAUCAGCCAGUUUCUGCCCCACACUCAGCUUCUGUACAGUGAUCUAUCGCAGAGUGAUUCCUACGUGAAAGAUUUCUGGUUGAACAUGCCUGCUCUCACAGCUCAGCUACAGAAACAGGCCACGGAGAACCCUAAUGCUUCCUACUUCAACAUUAGUCUCCUCAAGUACCAGGUUUCAGUAGCAGAUUGUCCAGCUGCUCCCCUGAGGGUUGCCGCUCGUUGGAAGUGCGAAUCCACCCACGCAGAGGUUGUGAUGGAUUAUGAAUACGCUGGGGAAAGCACGACGAUGGUGCUGAGCAAUCUGCAUGCCCUGAUGCCACUGGAAGGAACUAUCCGUAACAUCCAAUCCCACCCACCCGCUGCCUGGAACUCCAAACAGAAGAGACUUCGAUGGAAGCUUCCAGAUAUCAGCGCCUUGUCUGGAACUGAAGGAAAAGGCUCGAUCUGUGCCAGUUGGGAGGUAACUGAUGGUCCAAACAAACCCUUGCCCUUGGCACUGCAGUUUACGAGCGAAGGCAGCACUAUGUCGGGUGCUGAUGUUCGUCUUGUGGGCAGUGGAUACAGACUUUCGUUGGUAAAGAAGAAAUUAGUUACAGGCUGCUGUCCUGGAGAUUGUCAAUGCCCAGUAAGAAUGAAGAAUGUAUAACUUUUUUUUUGCACUGUGUUCUUGUCUGAAGUCACUGGAAUUACCCAGGGGGGGAGUGUUGGUUGGGCUUUGUUGCACUGUUAUUUGGAUUUGCUGCUUUGUGUGUAAAGCACUUGUGUGAAAAUGUGUAUACAAACACCUACACUUUAAGAGCUGCAUGUUUCCCUGAUGCCUAGUGAAUGAGGGGAGAGAUUUGAAUAAUUGGAUAAUUUGGAUGUUUUACUCAAUUGAGGAUUUAGCCUUGUGCUGACUGUACAGUGGAGCUUGAGGGGCUGAUUUAAUUGCCAAUGUCUCACCUUCCCGAACCACUACCUGCUCCAGAGGUGAAUAAAACUUUCAAUUAUAAUUGGAUAAAAUAAUACUAAAUGAGUUGGGAUGUGCUAAUGAAUAAUACCAUUCUAUGGAUUAAUCCCAACCACCAUUCAGGAGCUGAUUUAUUGGGGUCAAUGAGGGGAAUGAAGGAUUAUUGGGUGCCAUGGCAGGGAGGUGUCCACUCUUCAAACAGGUGUAACACACUUUCCCACAUCACUCCCCUUGUCCCUUACUCCCAAGCACUUUGGUUUUAAAAAGGUAAUUCUAUUCAAGGUGUUUUCUUUCCAAUUUACAUCAUGGAAGAAAAAUCAAGUUAACUUUCUAAGACCUCAUCAAAAAGGUUAAUAAUCUGAGAAAACAUUAAUAAUAUAUCCAGGGAACCCAUAGUGUUGGGUAAGUUUCCCCUUGACUGACUGUAUCAGAUGGUCUGGAAACUUAGAUAUCAUAAUAUUAUGAAGUGUACAUACACCUGAGAUUACCUAGGGAUUCUUUUAAGAAUGAGUCUUUAUCUGGGUGGUUGUGUUUGUUUUAUUUUUGCUUCUCAUUCUGUUUCACUGUCCCCCUGCCAGAGCUCUCCAAGUUCCAAAUGGGUUGAGGGCUCUUAGGAUUUGAGAUGCUGAAGGAGUGCAAGGGGUCCCUACGUUGAGUUGUAUUUACCUGAAUAUUGAUGGUGUUUGCUGUUCUGAGGUGAGGUUUUCAUUGUACACUGAACCAAGCAAUAAAAAGGACU